ACUUAACAGACUACUAAUAGAAGAAUGAUCACAAAUCCCAUCCUAAUGAAUACAUUCAUUUGCAGAGAGCAGAAAAAGGAUACAUCCUUAUAAUCCAUAAAAGUCUCCUGAACUUCCUGGAGAUAACAACAUCAGCUAUGACAACAACAUCAACAUCAACCAUUCUGGUGUCUACAAGAAACCAGACUAACAUAACCUGUGAUCUAUAUGAACACCAAGAUUCAGCACGUAUCUUAUUGCCUAUUUUCUACAGUGUUAUUUUUGUAACUGGAAUACUUGGAAAUGGACUUGCUCUCACCGUGAUCUUUAAACACAGAAAAAAGAUGAAUUCAACUACAAUUUACUCAAUAAAUCUUGUUGUAUCAGACAUUCUUUUUACAACUGCCUUGCCCACAAGAAUCACAUACUAUGCACUGGGCUUUUACUGGCCAUUUGGAGAAGCAUUCUGCAAAAUCACUGCACUCAUAUUUUAUAUCAACAUUUAUGCAGCUGUGAACUUUAUGACGUGUCUGAGUAUUGACAGAUUUGUUGCUGUGGUCCACCCUUUACGUACCAAUAUCAGAAGAAAGAAAAGUGCCACGUACAUUAUUUGCUUUGUGUGGUUUCUUGUACUGGUCCAAACUCUUCCAUUACUUUCACUACCUAUGUCACAGAAGGUGGGAACAAGAAUUACAUGCAUGGAAUAUCCAAAUUUUGAAAAAAUCAAUAAUCUCCCUUGGAUACUUCUUGGUGCCUGCUUACUUGGAUAUGUAAUACCACUUGGAAUUAUAUUAGUCUGUUACUCUAAAAUUAGUUACAAACUUUGUCAAACUGCAAAAGAGAACCGUUUAGCUGAAAAAUCAGGAACAAACAAAAAGGCAAUUAAUAUAAUUAUUUUUAUCAUUAUUGUCUUCAUCGUCUGUCUCACGCCAUAUCACCUUGCCAUUAUUGUAUAUAUGAUUAAGAAGCUUGUGUUCGUCUAUAUUCCGUGCACUUCUCAACAAAUCUUUCAGAAGACCCUUCAUUACACUGUGUUCCUGAUGAAUUUAAACUGCUGUUUUGAUCCUUUCAUCUAUUUCUUUGCAUGCAGAGGAUACAAGAGAACAAUACUGAAAAUACUGAGACGCCAAGGAAGCAUUUCACUAUCAAGUGCAGUCAAAACAGCUCCUGAAGAAAGCUCCCGUGAUAAUAUGGACCAAAAGCUGUCUCCUGUUUCACUGUAUGAAAAUGUAAAUAGGAGAUCAGAAAUUAACAUUUGAAAACAUGAUUGAUUUCUAAAAAUUGACUCAUGAUUUCAGAAAAAUUUGGGAACAGCAAAAUCCAUGAACCAAUAAUUUAAAAAAAAUUAAAGCCAGUAAUUUGAAUCUGCGAGGAGUAGGGGAUGGAUACAUGCCACAGCAGCAGUAAAAAAUGACUAACAUUUUCUUUUCUUCAUACUUUGGUUUCAUAUCAUGUGUUUUUCCAAAAUGUUUUCAUCACAGAUCAUAGUAUGUCUUGUCUAUUUCCAUUUCUGCAUCUUAGUAACCCAAGCAAGAGUGUAGAGUCACUUUCUGAACUAGUUUUCCAGCAAAAAAGCAAGAAACUAAAAUUAAAUUUAAUGUCCAGUUCAUAUAUCCUUUACUCCCACAACUGACUCAAUAGUGAUAGAUGGGUAAAAAACUAAAUCUGGAAUGGAACAUUUAAUAAUAAUUGCUUUUUCAUAGAUAAUGCAUGAUAUAAAUUACUAAAUAAUUAGGCAAAGUUGUGUGUUCCAGGAGAAAAUAUGCAGACCAUAAUACCUCAUUUUAAACAUAUUAGGGAAUGAUGAUUGAGUCCAAAAGCCACUUGUAUCACACUGGCCCUAAAGUUCACUCAGUCUAUUCCACUGUCAUUCAAGAAUUGCAAAUGUUUUUUUAGUACACUUUACUAAUAGCCCUUGGCCAAUGCAGCUCAAGGAUGAUUCACAUUGGGCCCACCAACACCAACCACUGCCAGCCCUAUCUUCUGUCUUAUACAAUAUGAUCACACACUAGUCUAAGAAGGGGGGAUUUCAUCUAAGCUACCCAUAUGACUUCUCAACAAACAAAGAGCUCAUGCAAGAAUAUGUUCUAUACAUAUCCAAUAAUAUAUUUUAUGCUGACACAGUGUUAAGUAUAAGACUGCAACAAGUAACUCCUAGAUAGGAGGGAAUCAAUAGCAGAAUAUAGCUAGAAAGGGUAUUCCUUUCUGUUUGAUCACUGAUUUAAACGAAAAGCAUUCUCAUCUUUCACUUUCCAAAAGAAUCCAAAUGAGCAGGAUAAAAUGAUGUAACAUACAAAAUGGAGAAACAAUUCUGAUUAUUGCCAAUCUUUAAUAAUUUCUGCAUCCAGAAGCUCUUUGUUACAUAUUGUUUUGUUUGCCAUUGAUUUGUUCCUUUUCAUCCUUUCCUAAGAUGCUUGUAUGUUUCUUCUCUCCACAUGCUUUCUUAUCAGAAUUAAGGAAUUGCUACUUGGAACAGGAUGGCUUGGAUUUUUAAAAAUUUUAAGUACAUAUAGUUGUGUUUUGGCAACCAAAACCAAAAUAACCUUGUAGGAUUUAGGAAAACCUGAGCUGUAGAAAGUUAACCAAUACACAAAGGCAAAAAGAAAGUUUGCCUGAUGAAUGAUAUGUGUAAAAUCUGAUUUUAAAAACAAGAAAAAGGAAAAAAGCAGGGCAAUAGCUAAUCACUAUUAGUUAAGAUUUGUCCAUAAUAUGAGAUGAGAGUUAUUGUGACAAGGAGUAAAACCCGGUUUUAAGAAGGCGUUAACUUGUAAAUUUCUUAGCUGGAAAGAAGCCUAGAAGCAGAAACAAUGAUUGGCACAUGAGUCUGGAUGGUACAAGCUAUCUGUGGUAUUUUGUUCUGGAGAUAAUUCAAGUGAAAAUUAGCUUGUAUGUUUCAUUAUGGGAGUUUUUGUACUUCCUGAUGUUAUAAAUAGUGGUGAACUGGUGCUAAAAGGCAGUUGUUCUAUAAUAAACAAGGAACACAAGGCA